AUAUUCUUUGAUUCCAGAAAGGCUAGAACUGUAGAGUGACCCUGUAACCUGUUUCAUCGGAGAGACCACAUGGACAGCACAAAAUGGAAAAUCAGACUGGCUCUGCUAGUAAUGUGGUUGUGGCUGCAGUGUGGGAUGGUGACAACUAUGGCAGUACCGAGCAGAGUGGGGAACCUCUCACCUGAAGACAUUGCUGCUAUGCCUGGUUAUCAGAUUAACAAUGGUGCCUCACAAGACAUGGCUCAGUCUAACACGGGAGACUAUUCCAGAAAUGAUAUGGAGAAGAGAAACGAUCCAAACAUCCUCAAAUCUAAGAGAAAUGGAGACCGUACGAGUGAUCAUCUGGAACCAGGGAACAUUCAAGAGAAUACUGGCCGUCAUGGCAACGAUGAUGAACAUGCAGGAAACAAUCUUAGUCCAGGAACAGACGGUCAUGCAGAACCAGAAAAUCGUCCAGGGGUCAUUGGUUCACACAGAAGCAGCCGUGAACAUUUGGAGUCGGGACAGACACCUGAUGGUUCACGUGAAGGGGAACCGACAGAAGGUGGAGAAAUUCCUGUAGAUUCCCAUGGUAAUGGAAACCAAAAUGUAAGACCAGGUUCCCAUGGUAAUGAAAACCAAAAUGUAGGACCAGGUUCCCAUGGUAAUGAAAACCAAAAUGUAGGACCUGGUUCCCAUGGUAAUGAAAACCAAAAUGUAGGACCAGGAUUCCAUGGUAAUGAAAACCUGAAUCUAGAACACGAUUCUCAUCACAGCAUUGACGGAGAGUUGGAGGGAGAUGAACAAGAAAACGGCCACAAUGAUGAUCAUGGCAAUGAAGAGCUGGCUCCCGGGGAAAUCCCGAUCAUAACUGAUUCUCAUGCUGAUGAACAGCUGGGACCUGGGUCUCAUGGCGACAGUCACGAACCCAUACAGACUGGAGAAACCCAGAACAAUGGAGAUUUAGCACCUGGUGAAAUUCCUUACAUCCCUGGUGGACACGGCAAUCAUAAUGAACGCCUGCAACCUGGUUUCCAUGGCAGCAGUCAUGAAGAGAGAGAGCCAGGCGCAAUGUCACGUAAUCCCAACAUGCAGAGUAAUGAGAAUGCUCACAGACACCCCGAUGAAAUCCCAGGUGUUCCUGGUUUUAACAUACACGAAGGUGGACACCCAGUUCCUGGUGAGAUUUCCAGUCUCCAUGGUAACAACAGUGAACCUGAACCUGUAGAACCACAUCAAGGUUCAGACAAUGGCAGCGAAAUUCCGAUUGAUGGUCACAAUUCCCAAGCUGAGCUGACAUCUCCAAAGCCGUCGACAAAACCCCGACCCACAGAACAGAUUGAACACAACAUGUUGGAACCAGCAGCAGGUGAGAGUGCAACAGUAGGACACAUAACACCCAGUCCAUCGUGGUCAGCCAUCUUGGAGCAAGGGCAGACAAUUGAGGAGGAGAUAACUGAGCGAGGACCUGCUCUGUUCAGCUCUUACAGUGAAGGAGUGGGUAACAGCUUGCAUGCAUCAGGAUCACCGCAACAUCAUCUUCUCACUGCUGACUUUAAUAUCAGGCUGACUUUAGUCUCUGUCUUGUCUGAAGGCAAUUCACAGCACACCAGCUUAAGAGGCCAACAUCGUACUGAAUCAUCCUCAAGUUUCCAUGCAGAUGUUGUUAAUACAUUUUCAGUCGAGAAUUCCAAAAGUUUAUACUCUCAACAUGAAAACAUAGUAACUAUGGAAACUCUUGGAUCCAUUGCAACAGCAAUUUCUCCUUCUUCUGUGGCUUUGCAUUCAGAGUCCGCAUCCUCAAGGAAACAAGUUAAAUUACCCCUUAAAGACAAGAAAAGCACAACUGUGACUACACUUUCAGAAGAAACUGCUUCAGUGACUGUUGGCAUGGCCCAUUCUGUUGAGAUCAUUGACAUCAGUCCCAGUGUUGUUUCUGUCGAACCCACGCAGUCUGUUGAAUUUUCAUCAUCAGCCUUGGUCGACCCUGUUACCUCAAGAACUGUGACAUCUGGACCCACAUCAUCUACCCAAACUGUAGGAAAUGGAUCUGGUUUUGUUACAACAUCAAGACCUAUAACUGGAGCAGUUGUGUCUCUCCCAUCAGUUUCCCAUGAAAUUGUAAUUCAUGAGAAUGCAACGUUGAUGCGUGCCACAACAACAUCAUCAUCAGCCUCUACAGCAACAUCUCAUAAACCUAAAGGAAAGGUUACGGCUGAACCCACAGUAAACCUCUUGUCUACAGUCCUGCACAGGGGUGUUGCAUCAGGUGUAACGAGUGGAAGAACAUUAGCAAGGAACUUUACCAUACCAGCUACUACAAACCAUAAUGAGAAUCCUAAUUUUCAAAGUACACAAAGAACUGUUCUACCUGUGAGUGGAAUAAAAAGUCCCAAGCCAGGAAUAACUACACAAAGAUCUUCAACAUCAGGAACUACUAGUACUACUUCCACACAGCAUAACAAUGACUCCAGGGUACAGUCAACAUCAGUGACUAGAACUAAUUCAACACUUCAUAACAAUGACUCCAGGGUUCAGUUAACAUCUGUCACAACUCCAGUCAUUCAGACAACUACUUCUCUGCCAGGUGUACAUAACAUGACUGUACCAAUACGGUUUAACCAAUCAACGUGGAGGACUCACCCUGUUGUUCCAUCAACUCCUAGUUCCUCCUCUACCUUGAGACAAAAUACUUCUCCAGCUUUGAUACCUUCAAGGGAGACAACUCCAAGGGAUAUAACACCAAGGGCAACAACUCUAAGGCCAGCAACCUUAACGGAGACCACUGUCAGUAUAAACUUCAGUACAUCAAACACACAGGAGACGAGAGUUGGUGGAGAGACUACAAAACGAAUGACGACUGCGAAAACAUCGACUCUACCUCUGUUUCUAAGUAGCACCCCAGGACAGUUGACACCAUCCUCAACUCGUACAACCACCUUGAUACGGCGAACAUCACAUUCCUCAUCCACAUCCUCAUACACUUCAUCCCGCAGGCCAAUGUCUGCUACAACACGAUCCACCUCUGGCGUCCCACCAACAGUUUCACUGUUACCAUCUGCCCCAUCAACAGUUUCACCCUUACCAUCUGCCCCACCAACAGUUUCACUGUUACCAUCUGCCUCACCAACAAUUUCACCGUUACCAUCUACCCCACCAACAGUUUCACCAUUACCAUCUGCCCCACCAACAGUUUCACCAUUACCAUCUGCCCCACCAACAGUUUCACCAUUACCAUCUGCCCCACCAACAGGCUCGUUUUUACCAUCUCAUCCCUUUACUACCUGGGUUACUCAGAAAUGGCAUCCAACACCCGUGUACCACCCACCCGUGUUUGCGACUGUCAAACUCCGAAUGACGUGGGAUGACUUUUGCGACAACGAGAACGAUUUUCUCCUGGAUCUGGUGAGCAUCUUCCACCGCCAUGCACAGCGCGAAGUCAAGACGAGGCAGAUCAUGUUCAUCAACAUCAACGUCCCUGACUGUGUGGAUGUGCUGUCGCCAGUGAGCUUGGUGGAGCAUAUCAGCAUCAAGAUGUAUCUGGUGGACGUCUGGGGCCGAUACGACAUCACUCUCACCAUCGACUGUUGUAAGGUUAUCAAGAUCGGAUUCAAUGCAAAUAAAGAGUCCUAUUUCAGCGACAAGCUUGUGGAGGUGAAACUGAACAGUCCACUUCAGAUGGCAACUCCACCCUCGGAGAGCAAAGGACUUGUGAUGGAAACAGGGAUUAUCAUAGCCAUUGUGAUUGCCAGUGUUGGAGGAUUAUGCUGUAUCACACUUAUCAUGCUACAGAUAAUAAUUCGAAGGAGGUACGCGAAGAAUGCUCAGAAGUACCCGGCGAACUCUCGUCACUGUUCCUUCACCAGCACGGACUCAAUAGCUCUCGGCUCCGUCAACAAGGCGAGACCUCACAGCGGACUGUUCAACCCGGCUCUAGAUCUCGCUGCAAUCAUAGAGCCUUCAGUUCCUAUUAAUUUAACUGCUCUUGCCAACAAGUGUUUGGAUGUUAUCUCCCUCUAUGAAGAGUUCCAGACUAUUCCGAAUUACACACCACAGCUGUCGACCGUUCCUGUCGGGGCAGAGGAUAAAAACAGAUAUGCAAAUGUUAUACCAAUUCCACACACGAGAGUGAAGUUAAAGAAGAUGGAAGGUCAGCCUGUUUCUGACUACAUCAACGCUAAUUACAUCACUGGUUACAUGGAUGACAAGAGAGCGUAUAUCGCCACCCAGGCUCCGAUGACGAAUACCAUCCAUGAUUUCUGGAGAAUGGUCUGGGAACAGCAGUCUCGCGUCAUCGUCAUGCUCACAGCCAUGGAUGAGCAGGGACAUCCAAAAUGUGCCCACUACUGGCCUGACAGUGAGACAGAUCCUCUGAAGAGAUGUGGCGACUACAUGAUCGUCUUGAAGAAGAAAGAUGUCUACCAGGAAUACACGAUGUCAUCUCUAGAACUCAAAGACAUGGAGAAUAACCUGGUGCGAGAGAUCAAACACUUCUGGUACACAUGUUGGCCUGUUCACGGAAUUCCCGAGCCGAUCUCUCUCGUGAAGUUUGUGCUCGACACUCGACCAUACUAUGAAGACAGCGGCGCUCCUCUGAUAGUUCACUGCAGUCCGGGAACUGGACGUACUGGAACACUGAUUACCAUGGACAUCUGUAUGCGUCAGCUGGAAAACAAGAGGAUGGUGGACAUCAUGGGAUGUGUUCAUCAGAUGAGACAGGAACGUGCCGGAGUCAUUCAGACAAAGGAACAGUAUGCUCUUAUUCACAUGGCUUUAAACGAGUAUGCGUGUGUACUCACUACUCCGUGUAUAUCGGCCGCAUCGUCAUCCGCAACUCUUCAAACAUUGCAUUGACAACUGUACUGACUCCUCUCCUCCGUUAGGACAUUGUCUGUUACAGACACAAAUUAUGAUUCAUACUUCUUCCAUGCCAGUCAAUCAGUUGAAAGAAAAAUCAUGUCUAGAAAAUCAGUAUCAAAACACAAGUCUUGCACUCUUCAUCCUUUACUACCCUAAGGCCAAAGCUGAAGUUUGUUUUGUUUCUAGACACAACUACAGAACACUGACUGGACACCACAUUGAUAUAUUAAUUAAUAAUCGGCUACUGGAUGUAAAACAUCUGAUUAUUCUGACACAUAGUCUUCAGAGAAAACCGUUACAUUUUUCCAUUAAAAAACAAGGGA